AUGUUACGUGAGCAGAUGAAUGAGUAUUUGGAAGUGAGUCGGGAGAUAGUCAAGGUGAUGGUGUCGGACACUGCAGCCGGAGCACUGAAGAAAAGUCUAGACAGGCAGGAGGCGAUGAUCGAUACUCUCCUUGACACUGAAACAAAGGCUUCACAGCUCAUUAGAGGUAACUACACUAAUUAUUGAUAAGCAUUGGUUUGAUGUGUGUGUGUGUGUGUAUAUAUAUAUAUAUAUAUAUAUAUAUAUAUAUAUAUAUAUAUAUAUAUAUAUAUUAUAAUUUUUUUUAUUUUUUUUACUUUUCAGUAAAGUAAGAAAAGAACUAGUGGACUCAUUUUCAAACUAGGCUUAAACUGGAUCUUUUGCCUUUGAUUUAUUUUUCAAUGAGUUUUACAGGUUUGGGAAUGUUUUGUAUGUUUUUACAUUUGAAGGAACACUAUAGGUCACUAGCACAAACUAUGGUAUUGUGAAACCAAAACAGAAUUUUCAGUUUUCAUACUGCUAGGUGUACGUCAUUCAUGCUUGCAGUCUCUCCCCUCUCACAUAAAACUCGUGUACCGUUUCCUUGCCCCAAUAUCUCCCCUCUCGGUUCUUAAAGGGACUCUCCAGUGCCAGGAAAUAAUCAGUUUUUCUGGUACUGCAGGUCCCCUCCCACCUCCCAUCCCCGGUUGCUGAAGGGGUGAAAACCCCUUCAGUCACUUACCAAAGGCAGCGACAUGUCCCACGUCGCUGCUUCUUCAUCCACCGCCGCUCCUCCCCUUCAUUACGUCAGCCGGGGGGGGAGACUGAUCCCGCCCGCCGGCUGGGGAGACCUAAUGCGCAUGCGCGGCAAUGCCACGCAUGCGCAUUAGACCUCUCCAUAGGAAAGCAUUUUUAAUGCUUUCCUAUGGGGAUUUUAGCGACGCUGGAGGUCCUCACAAACCUGUACUAGAAACCAGGAAGUGCCCUCUAGUGGCUGUCUAGUAGACAGCCACUAGAGGAGGAGUUAACCCUGCUAUGUAAUUAUUGCAGUUUAUGAAAACUGCAAUAUUUACAGUUGCAGGGUUAAGGGUAGUGGGAGUUGGCACCCAGACCACUCCAAUGGGAGUGUCCCUUUAAAGGAAGAUUUUUAAAACUUGCAUGCAUUUUCUUUGGGAGUAUAUUUAAAAACAGCCUGCAAAAUCUGCUGACCUGCAGCCUUUGCAAGUCUUCUCUUAUUCCUAGCACAGGUUUUGUCGUUCCUGGAAAUACACCAAUCAGAAGCUUCCCAGUGAGAGGCUGCGAGCUGUAUUACAACUCAUUGAGAAUGGGGAUGCAUGCGAGUGUUAUCCCAGCGCGGCUGCCACUUCCACUAGCUCUGUGAGGUUAACAGAAGGGGAAGAACACCUCUCUCGUUGUCUCAGUGACAGCCAGGGAUGUGUUUCUGCCCUGUUAUAAAAAUGCUGACUUUCUAUUGAAAUUGCCUAUUGUAUGUGUCUAGAGGCUGUCAUAUUUGUGACAAUUUACAGCAAGAUGAAGUGUUUGAUGUGUCUUGAGUGUUCCUUUAAAGGGAAACUCGCUUCCCAGGUUUUUUAAUAUUAUGUAUACUUGUUUCUAUAUAUACUGAUAAAUAAAACUUAUGGGCAUGACAUGAUAUAAGGAAACAAUAAAAAGAUGAUCUAGCAAGCCAAACAUAAAACCAAUGUUUAGGAGAGGCAGCAAACCAGAAAGAAAAGGGAUCCCUCCUAAACCCUUUAAAUAAAUAUAAACAAAAACCAAAAAGAAAAAAAGGCUGCUAAAAAGUUAGUACGAAAAGUUAGUAAAAUAUCCAAAAACAUAAAUUAAGUACACAAAUAUAAACAAUCAAUAUGAACUGUCCAAAGUGUUUGGGUAAAUUCUGGUCUUUUAGAUAAAAUAUAGUACCGCUGGUAGCGGAACAAAAUACAGAAGAAUUUCCCAAGUAGACGGUUAUUAUAGUAAAAAGGAGACGAGAUGACGAUCCAGUGAUUAAAGAAAUCCGUAUGGAUAUGUAAAAUAAAUUGACAUGAUGAUAACAAAAUAAAAACUUUUCUUUCAGCUCUCAUGUCUGUGGAGGAGGAGGUAGCACACACCCUUUUAGAUACAGAAGAAGAGAAGCAGAAGACUUUAACCAAACUGCAGAAAAUUGAGAAGGAGCUACGAGAUGCCUGUGAGAAGAACGCCUCCCUGGAAACAAACUAUAAAUAUCCUUUUGAGCUCUAAUAAACAGUGAAAGCGGACAUAGUAAGCACAUCAUGUCUGUGACAUCACACUUUAGGAUGACCUUAUCGACGACCUAUUUUUUUAUCUGGAAAGGUACCGAUAGCUCCCUUAAACCUUUUAUUUUAGAACACCUCAACCAGAAUGACAGAGGCAUUGUUUUAACCUCAGAAUCUAGCAAAGAAGAAAUCAGCUUUUUAGAUGUAAAUUUUUUUAUUAAAGAAGGAAAAUGAAAUAAAAAAACUUUUUUUAAAAGAAGUGUGUACUAACACAGUCAUUGAUCAAAAUAGCUGUCAUCACACACCUUGGCUGGAAAGUGCUCCUAAACGCCAAUUUUUAAGACUAAAAAGAAAUUGCACACUCAACGAAGAUUUUUAUGAACAAAGCAACAUUUUAAAAAAACAAUUUUUUUAGAAAAACACUAUCCAGAGGACAAAUUUCACACCAUACUUACUAAAAUCAAGUCUAAUGACAGGAGUAGCCUGCUGAAAUAUAAAAAUAAAAGUAUUAAUACUACCCCAUCUAUCCCCAUAAUAUUUGACUAUAAGAAUAGGGACAUAAGGAAAACGAUCCAGAAACGCUGGCACAUUUUAUCUGAAGACCCCGUUCUCAAUAAGAUCAUUCCAGAAAAACCCAACAUCAUUUUUAGAGGUGCUCCUAAUUUUAAAACUCUUUUAACCAAAAAUUUCACUAAGACUCACACAAAAAAAACACCAUCCACUCUGUCUAAUGUUAAAGGUUUUUUUAAGUGCAGGAAAUGUAUCGUCUGCAAGACUACCCAAAUGUCAGUCCCUAAUAAGAUCACUGAAUUCAAAUCUAAUAUUACCAAUAUAAGUUACAAUAUUAAACAUUUUAUCACAUGCUGCACUAAAAAUGUUAUAUAUCUACUGGAGUGCCCUUGUGGCCUCCAGUACGUGGGCAUGACGUCCAGAUUUUGAAAAACUAGGAUAUCCGAGCAUUGCCGUAACAUCAGGAACGGAUUUGAGAAUCAUACAGCGUGUAAGCACUUUUUAACACAUCACCAAAAAAACCCUAAUGUUCUUAAAUUCACCCCUAUCCAAAUAUGUAAUAUCCCAUGGAGGGGUGGCAAUAUAAAAAAAUAUUCUGGGAAAAUCAGAAAUGGAAUGGGUUUUUAACUUGAAGACAUUAACCCCUGAAGGUCUAAAUGCAGACUUUGACCUUUUUAAUUUUUUAUAAUUGUUUAUACUGGUGCUUUAUGCUAUAUUAUAUUAUUAUUCCCUUUUUUUCUUAAUAAUAGUGUACUUUUAUUAUUAUUCAUUACCCUCUAUUUAUCUGUGUAUAGGGUCUAUUUUAUUUAUUUCUCAUUUUAUUUUAUUAGCUCCUAUGGCUUAAUCAAUCUAUUUUUGUUUUCAUAUGGAGUCUGUAUGUUUAUAUAUGUUUCACUAUUUCACCCUGCCCCUAUCCCCCAUCACUAGACUAUUUAACUCCUUUGCCUUUAAGUAAAAUGGCCACCUACGUAUUCAUCCCACUUCCCUGCUAUUUUCUAUCCCCCUUCUUGUUCCUACGAGAAGAGUGAUUACAAUCACUCCCUCCUACUUUCGGCCGCUUAGGACCACCCCCUCUUCCCUCUGAUCACGUCCUGCAAACUGACACGAUCAUAACUACACUCCCCACCCUGCCCUGCGGCGCUCACGGCAAUCUGCCGGCUCCGCCCACCUCCUGUCACUCUAAAACUCCCUCUCAACCCACUCCCGCGGUUAAAAAUGCUCGUGACUCUUUAUAUUAUUGCUGAUUUUUGUUUAUUAUCUUUCAUUGUCCAACUUAGCGCACCCUGUAUUUGUUGUAUCUUGUACACUUUAGGAUGCCCCUAAAAUUCCUCAUGAAUAAGUGAGGGUGUAUGUAGGUAAUAUUUAUUUUGCCAUGGAGAGAUGGAACAUAUCUCGUCCAAAUACAGGGUGACAUAGGAAGGAGGACAUGGAGUCUGUCCCCUCCAGCACAGGGUGACACAGACAGGAGGGAGCCAUGGGACAUGCAGUCUGUCCCUCCCAGCACAGGGUGACACAUACAGGAGGAAGCUAUUGGACAUGGAGUCUGUCCCUCCCAGCACAGGGUGAUACAGACAGGAGGGAGCCAUGGGACAUGGAGUCUGUCCCUCCCAGCACAGGGUGACACAGACAGGAGGGAGCUAUGGGACAUGGAGUCUGUCCCUCCCAGCACAGGGUGACACAGACAGGAGGGAGCUAUGGGACAUGGAGUCUGUCCCUCCCAGCAAAGGGUGAUACAGACAGGAGGGAGCUAUGGAACAUGGAGUCUGUCCCUCCCAGCACAGGGUGACACAGACAGGAGGGAGCUAUGGGACAUGGAGUCUGUCCCUCCCAGCACAGGGUGACACAGACAGGAUGGAGCUAUGGGACAUGGAGUCUGUCCCUCCCAGCACAGUGUGACACAGACAGGAGGGAGCUAUGGGACAUGGAGUUUGUCCCUCCCAUCACAGGGUGACACAGACAGGAGGGAGCUAUGGGACAUGGAGUCUGUCCCUCCCAGCACAGGGUGACACAGACAGGAGGGAGCUAUGGGACAUGGAGUCUGACCCUCCCAGCACAGGGUGACAUAGACAGGAGGGAGCUAUGGGACAUGGAGUCUGUCCCUCCCAGCACAGGGUGACACAGACAGGAGGGAGCUAUGGGACAUGGAGUUUGUCCCUCCCAUCACAGGGUGACACAGACAGGAAAGAGCUAUGGGACAUGGAGUCUGUCCCUCCCAGCACAGGGUGACACAGACAGGAGGGAGCUAUGGGACAUGGAGUUUGUCCCUCCCAUCACAGGGUGACACAGACAGGAGGGAGCUAUGGGACAUGGAGUCUGUCCCUCCCAGCACAGUGUGACACAGACAGGAGGGAGCUAUGGGACAUGGAGUUUGUCCCUCCCAUCACAGGGUGACACAGACAGAGAUACAUAUAUGAUCCCUCCCUUCACAGGGUGACACAGACUUAAAGGCUCUUGGGGACAUGUAUGAGAAAUUCAGACUUGAUAGUCCAUUUAUCCGACUUUCUAUUAAAUGUGACUUACCUUUGCUCCCGCUUCCAGGGGUAAAUUUCAAUAUUUUUUUUUCCUUAAAUUUUAAUACAUUCUUAAAAAAAGAUAUGGAUGACCUGAAGGUAAUGGAGGAAGAGAUUGCAGACCUGGAUAAAGAAUCAAAUGAAGAUACUACUGUAAUAAUACCAUCUGCACUGUGCGUACCUUUUCCAGGUUUUUUUAUUUGGAAACCUCUUUGUUAAUGUUAGUCACUGAAGUGUAAAUUUCAAAUUGUAGGUUAAAACUUCCUAAGUGAAUGAAUAGCAAACUUGGAGAAUUUUUCCAUUUUGGCCUACAAUUUGAAAUCGAUUUUGAAUUCACUGUUUGAAUUGACUAGUUUCUAGGUUCUGCUGGUCCUUUCUAUCCAUUCAGUGUUAAAUAACGGUCUGUGACCGGCAGCAGUGGAGUUGUGGCUAAGGCGUAGAUUACACUUUUUCUUCUAGCCAUGCCAAUUUAUACCACCAUUUGGCACUGUGAUAGGUCGAAAGUGGUCAGCUGACACUCGCAGUCAAUCACAGCCAUCCAGUACUGCUGGGGCUGCUUCAUCAUUAGCCAAAGCAGCAUGGAGGGGAUGGGCUGCUGGAGACACUUGUUUAUCAGUAAAACAUUAAAAACGGGAUGGUACCAGGGGACUCCAUACACAAUAACUGCUUCAAUGAGAUGAAGCAGUUGCAGUGCCUACAGUGUCCCUUUCAAAGAGUCUAACACAUUGUCUAUUACAAACCGUCAAGAGGAACGGGCAAUGUUUUGUCCCACUCACCAAAUAGAAUCCGAAUCAUUAAAUGUGUUGUCCUGUUGAUAAGAAUGCAUUCAGUGCCAUUAAGCAGCCUUACACAAACCAUACAGAUCUUCUUAAUUGUUAUUGUUCAGUCAAUGUGUGGUUUAGAAAUUGCAUCUAUAUGGCAUGUCAGAGCUGUGUUUAAUAUAUCAGCUGUAAUGAGCCAGUGUGAUUCGCAAAUCUGAUACAUAAAUAUGGUGCAUUAUAUAGAAUGGUGGUCAUCAUACUAAAUUAUGUUUUCUAUGUUUAUGAUUAUUUAUUCUUUGUUUCACUCAUUGUCUGAUAACAAUCAACUGAGUUGUAGAGAGGGUGGAGAGAGGUGCCUAGCAGAUCCCAGUUAGAAGUAAAACCAUUCUAAAAAUAUUUGAUUCCUUAAAUGCUUCUUUGGAGUGUUUAUUUAAAUGACUAGUCCAUACACAUAAUGUAUGUGUGAAGAAUAUCACAUCCUAAUUGCACUUUAUAAAAGUGAGAAAUUGGCACUUAUAUAAAUCAGGAAACACCUCCCUAAAUGUCAAUCAAACAGCCACGGAGGUUUUCCUCCUCUUCAGUUAGCUCCACUAAGUGGCAGGCACACAAUGCUAGAGUGCGCCUACCUUCUCCCACAAGCAUCACAAGCUCCAUUUUACCUAGACCUCCCAGGGCUCCCCCUUCACUGAGCAGGAAAGUGCGUGUGUGUACUUGCAACUCAAUCCUUUUGGUAAUUUCCUUGGCACAGAUGCUGGGAAAAAAAGGGGAGUGCUUGUAAAGGCUGGAGACAGAAGAUUAAUAAAUGCAUGCGUUUGGGGGACGAGGGGGUGUUCCUUUAACCUGCCUGGGAUACCAUGAUAUUAUAGUGAUGUUUAACACUUUGUGUUUUCUUUUUGCAGGUAUUUGGCAAAACUGUUUCAUAACGUAACAAAGAUUGACUGGGAUUACAACUGUGACUCCACUCUCAUUAAAGGCAGUAUCCUUACCACCAUUUGUGGUUAUUCCCACAUUCACACAGCUCAUGAAAUUCCUAACUUGCGCAUGCUGUCACUGUACAACAUUCACAUAUAUGAGAGCUGUUCGUGCAAUGUGCCGUUAUGCAUGUGUCUGACAGAAUGCAUACUGGCACAGAUCCACAUGCUGUUCAGAUUGCCAUGUUCCGAAGAAUUUUCUCACAUUAAAGGGUUAUUCCAACCACCAUGAGCACUUCAGUGAUUUGAAGUGCUUGACAUACUGCUCAUGCAGAUUUAUUAUUAAUUGUGUGCUGGGGGCUAGUUGCACCUCAGCAUACGUGCCUUGGGCAGCCUGGAACAGAGUUCUGGACUUCCUAACCUCAAUUCUGUGCCUGCAAGGGGAUGAUAGUUGUUCCCUCCCUUCCACUGUGCGCUCCCCUCUGCUUUCCUUCAUAACUUGUAUUUGUUGGUUUUUUAAAUUAAAAUAUCCCUCCUCCCUGACCUUGCACGCAUGCGCUCUAGGCCGGCAAAACGGCUUUUCUAUGAGAAGCCUGUGAUUAGACCAUACGAGUGCCGGGAUGACGUCAGGACUAAGAUUAAGGUAAGUGUUAAAGCUUUUUACAGGGGGGCUAUUUCAGAAAAAAACAUAUUUCUUAUUAGAGUUGGAGUACACCAUUAAGUAGAAAACUGUUUCUCAGUAUCAAGUUUCUGGCCAACCAUACUAUAUUGUGGAGGGUUGAAUGAUAUGUAUGUCUCCCUGUUUACACCCAAACGGUUUUGAAUGAAAUCACUAGUCAUUAAGACUCGAUUUAAAUCAUGAUUUUUAAACAUAAAGACUCCUUUUUGCUGGUUUUUAAUAUUUGUAACCAGAAUAAUAACUUUUCCGGUUAUUUUAGUAAUAAAAUAACAUAGUCUACAAUUUUAAUGAAAAUGUUUACCCAAUCAGUUACCUAAAAGAAGGGAGUAAUCACAAAACCUAAAUAAUUGGACAAAAAGUGAAAACAGAUGGAACGCAUAUAACUUGACAUUAAAAAUAUUAAUAUUAAAAUCCUGUGCUCAUACCAAUUACACACAAAAUAUUACCUAAUUCUAUUAGUUAGCCACCAGUGGGCAUCCUUGGGAACUGAUUAUCGUAGAAAAGCCAAUAUGUCCUGAUUUAUUGGCUGUUGUUGUGAUUUAUAAAGUGCCAACAAAUUCUGCAGUGCUGUACAAUAGUUGGACUAACAGACAAGUAUUUGCAGCAAGACGAGUAAGAUGCAUUGGAACAGAGGGUGUUGAGGGCCCUGCUCAAAUGAGUUUGCAUUCUAGCGGGAGUGGGAUAAAGAGACACAAAAGAUAUGGUUACGUUGUAUUUCAUGUAAAUUGAUAGACUAAUUUACAAUGAAGUGUUAGUUUUAUGGAUGACGGUUGCAGCCUGGUUUACCAAGAUGUGGGGAAGGAACGCUAUUAACAGUUUAAUUGAUAUGCUCCUAGUCUGUAAUGAUUUUUGGACAGGUUGAGUUUAAGGAAGUGGGCAGCCAUCCAGUUAGAAAUAGCAGAGAGGCAGUCAGUGACACGAGUCGAGAGGAAUGGCGAGAGAUCAGGAGAGGACAGAUAGAUCUGCGUGACGUCCGAAUAGAAGUGAUAUUUGAAGCGAAAGGAGCUGAUAGAUUUACAGAGGCAGGCAGGAAAAUAAGCAGAGCCAUAAUUAAAGAAAAGAAAAAUCCAACUGCUAACAUUUCUAUCUUAUCCAAUAACACAAGGCUAAUAUAAACUGCUCCCCUACACACAUCUUGCAUAGUGCUUGUCAGCGGUAACUACCACAUGUUUUGCGUAAUGCUCAUAGUUACAAAGGAUGUAAAGAGACGUGUUUAUCAAGUUCAGCCUUCCUCAUCCGGUUAGUUGGCAUGAAUAAACAAGUUGCUAGUGCUGUAAACUAUAGAAACCUCUCCAUCUAUUGGAGAUAUUUGAAUAUGUUUGUAAGGGACAUUAUUUCUGAUAAUUUGGCGUUAUUUCUGACUACAUUAAUUUUUCAUACCAUUUGAUCAGCAAAUUGGCACGGCACAAACAAUUUUCAUGUUUCCAUACUUUCCUUGACCAGAAAAAAAAAUCUUCAGUCCACUACGGAGGGGAGAUUGCUCAGCCAAUCAGUAUUGACAGCACCCAACACUCCCGAAUUUUCAUUUGUGAUUAUCUAUGGAGCCUUCUGUCAACGGACUGGUGA